UCGGCCAGCAUCAUCCGGGUGGGAGAAAGGGUCCGCUGUUCCUGGCGGCGCAGUCCCCAAGGCCUGCUGCUAGAGAUGCUCUUCCUCUCGUUUCAUGCAGGCUCUUGGGAAAGCUGGUGCUGCUGCUGCUCUCUGAUUCCGGCGGACAGACCUUGGGACCGAGGCCGGCGCUGGCAGCUGGAGAUGGCGGACACAAGAUCGGUAUAUGAAACCAGGUUUGAGGCGGCCGUGAAGGUGAUCCAGAGUUUGCCGAAAAAUGGAUCAUUCCAGCCAACCAAUGAAAUGAUGCUCAAGUUCUAUAGCUUCUACAAACAGGCAACUGAAGGACCCUGUAAGCUUUCAAGACCUGGAUUCUGGGACCCCAUUGGAAGAUAUAAAUGGGAUGCUUGGAGUUCAUUGGGUGAUAUGACUAAAGAAGAAGCCAUGAUUGCAUAUGUUGAAGAAAUGAAAAAGAUUCUUGAAACUAUGCCUAUGACUGAGAAAGUUGAAGAAUUGCUACAUGUUAUAGGUCCAUUUUAUGAAAUUGUAGAAGACAAAAAGAGUGGCAAGAGUACUGAUUUGACCUCAGAUCUUGGCAAUGUUCUGAUCUCUUCAAAUGCCAAAGCUGUUAAUGGUAAGACUGAGAGCAGUGAUAGUGGAGCUGAGUCUGAGGAAGAGGAGGCCCAAGAAGAAUUAAAAGGAGCAGAACAGAGUGACAGUAAUGAUAAGAAAAUGAUGAAUAAAUCAACAGAUAAGAAUUUGGAAGUCAUCAUUACCAAUGGCUUUAAGGAUAGCUUUGUUCAGGAUACACACAACGAUGUUCAUACCAAUUCCUCCCCGAGUGGCAGAAGCAACGAAGAAGCAAAACCUGUAGAUCACACCUUGGAGCAGACUGGAAACACUGUUGUCUGUGUUCACCAAGAUACAAAUGAUGAUCACAGUGAAGAUGCUUCAGGAAUUCAUCAUUUGACAAGUGAUUCAGAUAGUGAAGUAUACUGUGAUUCUAUGGAGCAAUUUGGACAAGAAGAGUAUUACUUAGGUGGUGAUUCCAGUCAGCGCUUGGAAAGUUCUGUUUUUUGUGAAGAUGCUCAAAUAUCUCCUGGAACUGGCAGCCUUGGGAAAAUGGUAGUCGUGGAAGGAAAAGGUGGUGAAGUAAAGCACGGAGGAGAAGAUGGCAGAAGUAGCAGUGGAGCUCCACACCGUGAGAAGAGAGGAGGAGAAAGUGAGGACUUCUCUAAUGUCAGAAGAGGGAGAGGGCAUAGAAUGCCACAUUUGAGUGAAGGAACCCAGGGUCGGCAAGUGGGAAGUGGAGGUGAUGGAGAACGCUGGGGUUCAGACCGGGGGUCCAGAGCCAGCCUCAAUGAGCAGAUUGCCCUUGUGCUCAUUAGAUUGCAAGAGGACAUGCAGAAUGUCCUCCAGAGACUUCAUAAACUGGAAACCCUGACUGCUUCGCAGGCGAAAUUAUCAUUGCAGUCAAGUAAUCAGCCCUCCUCACAGAGACCAUCUUGGUGGCCCUUUGCGAUGUCUCCUGGUGCAUUAACUUUUGCUAUUAUAUGGCCUUUUAUCGCCCAGUGGUUGGUGCAUUUAUAUUAUCAAAGAAGGAGAAGGAUUGGUUUUUACUUUCUUUUUAAAGAAAACUAAACUGAAGAAAAUGGCAUUUUAUUCAAGAAGAUUGCUGGGCCUGGAUGACCUAAGAAAUGAAAUGGAUUGUGGAUUUCACAAGAAAAUCUCAGUUUGUGAUAUUACAUUUCUUUUUUGUCCAAUAGUUUGAUAUAUAUAUAUAUUUAUACAUAUAUAAACUCAUAUAUAUGUAUAUGUAUUCUUUGCACUACACAAAUGGUAACAUUUUAAGGACUAAUAUUGCUGAUACUUGAAAGAUCAAUCUCAACUAGGUUUUAAGCAGCAUACAUAGACUUACUCUUUUUGAGCUUGAUGGACACUAAGUUAUUAAUUACUGUUUGGUAAUACAUUUACCUGAUUUUCUCCCAUAAGAUAUAUAAGCUGCUUUUCUAAGGCAUUGUUAUGAUUAUAAGAUUUAUAAUAUUUACUUUUUUAAAUUAAAUGCAAGAAAGAAUGCAACACAAGAGUGGAUUUAAAUGAGGUUAAAUCAGUUUUGUAUCAGUCACUGAACUGUCAGCCAGGUAGCUGGAAAUUGAUGGACGAGUCCUCUGUAUUCUUUGUGGUCUGCAUAGAAGUCUUGGGCUUUCACAACUCAAAAUCAUCAUCCUUUGUACUGUGGUUACUUUUUACAAAUGAUUCACUGACUAGACUUAACUUGAUGAUGGAAAUGAUGAAUAGACCUAGUGUAUGUGUAAAAGUAUUUUCCAAGCUGACACAGAGAAUUCAUCCGAUUUUAAUUCAACCAUACACUUAAUCCUUGGUAAUCAUAUUUCUUUAAGUGAGGAUAUCCAAUGUCUGCUUCAUAGGGUGCUUUGCAAUAAAAUGAAAACAUAUUUAUACUGUUUUUACUAAGGACAAGUACGGAAAUGCUUUUUUUUUUUUUUUUCCUGCAAGUGGUAAAUUCCAGUCUGGAUUCUUAACCUCUUAGUGCCUCAGGUUUUCCUUUGGGGUGUACUUCACAAGGUAUUAGGACUUUGAGUAUACAGGCCAUCUUUAUCCACAUAAUUAAGGAAUGCCUAACUAAUGGAAACUUAAGUUCCUUCUGGCCAUUAGACCAAAAGGAAGACUAAUUUAAUCCUGGAAGACUAUAUUUGAAAGAUAACCCUUUCUUAUGUACUUUCCAGAAUCUGUGCUCACUCAUAUGUGUAAUUUAAAAACUUUAUAGCAAAGCCCCCUUUUAUCCUUUUGAGACAGAGUCUCAGUAGCUCAUGCUAGCCUCCAGUUCACUAUGUAGCUAAAGAUGACCUUGAACACCUGAUGUUCCUGUCUCCACUUCUCUCCAGUUCUGGGAUCACAGGCAUGCACCACCAUGGCUAGCUUUGUAUAGUAAAAAAAAAAAAAAAAAAUAACACAUUCUUGAUAUGUAUGAUAUAGGGGAGAUUAGCAUUAGGUAUUGUAUAUUUUCAGUAAGAAUGGAAGAAUCCUUAUCUGGUAUAUAUGGUUCUUCUUUGAAGAAAAAAGUAUGAGAAUAUGAUUUGCUUGUCCCAGACUUCAUUUUUUUUUUAUUGUGACUUAGUUUUUAAAUUAUGUAUCACAUCUCGCUUGGUUGAUCUGUUUAAAGGAACUACUAGUAUUUGAUUAAGCUACAAAACAAACCAACCCAAAUUAAUCUUCUACUUAUUUAAAAGGAGAAAAAAAAGCAAAUAAUUGAAUUAUAGACAAAGUGUGGAUCAAGAGUUUAUUUUUUUUUAAAUUAGACAACAAGUUGGUAUAAUAAAAUGAUGGUUUUUUUUUCUUAUAUAAAUAAAAUGCAAAUCAUGGAUGUAACAAAUUGUGAUUCAUUGCAAGUAGUCAAGGUAACUAACUCUUAAGGGCAACCAUUUGUAUCUUAUAUCAGAAUUACUUUAUAGUGUGAAAAGCACUUUACACACAGUUCUUGUAUAUAAAAGAUAUAAUUUAGGCUGUAAUGAUAUGCUUUAAAACAUAAACCUCAUUUUAAAAAUUGACAGCUAUGGUAUUUUUUUAAUGAUCAGUUUUUCUGUUAAUUGUAAAACUAAGUUAAAAAUAAAAGGCUAAUGAGAAAUGAAA